GUCGCGAGUAGACGUAUUCGUUGCUGCAUGUCGCUGAAUUCGAGUUACGUGAUGCUUUUGAUGUUGAUGUGUUAUUAAAUUUGCCUAAUUGUGAUUUGUGAUAAAAUCCCUACAAUUAAAAGGGAAAAUUGUGAUAUGUGAUCGGACUGGUCGGGUGAUGAAGAGGAUGUUUGUUUUAUUAGCGGUUCUCAGCUUACUUAUAAAAGAAUCCUUAUUACUAAGGAUAGUUCGUGUCUCGAUCCCUUCACAUCGAUUGAGGGGUCAGCCAGCGCAGUUGGAUUGUGAUUACGAGCUGGGAGAUGACACGCUAUAUUCGGUAAAAUGGUACAGAGAUAAUGAAGAGUUCUAUCGAUUCAUGCCGAAAUAUGACCCUCCUAAGCAUUCAUACAAACUUGAAGGGAUCAAAGUCGACCUUUCAAAAUCUGAUGACAAAAAAGUCGUCCUGCAUCCGGUGACGUUGAAAUCAUCAGGCUUAUACCGAUGUGAAGUAUCAGCUGAAGCGCCAAGUUUCGCAUCAGCAGCUGGAGAAAGCAAAAUGGAAGUUAUAUACUUACCUCGGGAGGGCCCGAGAAUAACAGGCAACGAACAAGAGAACCGACGCGGUGAUUCCCUUUUCUUGAACUGUACGUCAGGCCGGUCAUACCCGGCGACAGUGCUCAGUUGGGACAUUGACGGUGAAAAGGUUACAGACCCGAGGCUGCUGGUGGAAUAUCCACCAAUACAACAUGCGCAUGGUUUGCUAUCGACAGCGCUCGGCUUACGUGUGCCGACCGGAAGAACUAUGCAAGUACGUUGUACAGCUCGAGUCGCCCUCGCGUGGCGAGAAGGCAGCGAGGCUGUCGUUGGCAACAGUCAACUUGCUGAUAGCAAAGAGGCAAUGUUAUUGGUGCGGAGCUCAAGUGCGGCAUCUACAUUAAGUAUAAUAUUAUUAACACUUUCUGUUUUCCGAGUUUUUAGUUCUCUUGUGAUAACGCAAACGUGAUAAAUUAUAUUAUUACUUAUUAUUAACUUCGUUAUAACACUGUCAGAAUCACUCAUACCUUGAAGGACAACGUUUACGCACGUCGGCUAGUUACGUUAGUAAUUACUUAGGUUAAGUUAAUUUCUCCAGAAGACUCAAGUGUUUCUAUACAGUAACAUAGAUAGCUAAUCAGGGAUUUUUUUUUGAUGUAAAGUUGUCAUAUCAAACACAUAUCUUGGUGUAAGUCAUCGAUGCUUAUUUAUAAUCAUGUAAAAUAGUUUAUUUUAAUAAAGAUUUUGAUUAGAAAAUGAAAAAGUCAAUUGUUAAGUUUUGUAAUUCGGUCAGUAAGCUUUUUACUAUGUCUUGUGGUUGUACAUAAUACAUCUUUAGAAACGCCUUCUUAGAUAAUACUAUGAAUGUUGU